CAGUUAUUUAACGUUGUCAGGUUGGUACAAACUCUACUUUCUGUAUCGUUCAGUCCUGGAAAUCGUUUCUUGGAGAUUUGUUAUUUACAACUGAAAUGUUUUUGGACACAGAAGUUAAAGUAUCUGUUUUAGUCCUUAGGCCACAAGUCAUCAAAAAUACAGAAGGUUGAGAGACGUUAAAUCAAUGGAAAUUUUCUUUAAGUAGCAAUGACCAGUUUGACUCUCACAUUAGAUAAUGUGGAUGUGAGUGAAAAUACAGAACAAAUUAGCAAAUUGUUUCCAAAGUGUCGACCAAGAAGCGAUAUUAAUCUUAAUCCAAUUAUUGCUCCGGGACAUGAAAAUGAAUGUACAGACAACAUCACCAAUACUGUAAUGAAUAUCGACAGUGACAAUGACAGAUGGGUGGCCGAAAGCUCCUGUAACAUCAGUAGAGAUAAUGUGAGUCAGCUACACUCGACUGAUGAUGAAGAUAUUAUAAUAGAACGUGAGCAUACCGGAGGAACGUAUAAAUUACGUGAUUCCAGGAUAAUCGAAAUUGCUGGUGGUAGGGAACUGUUCUCUCAAAGUCGCAGUAAAGCGGUAAGGAAAUCACGAAACUCCGGAGUUGGUGAAGAUGGUGAAAAGAAAAUACAAAAAUCACCAAUGAGACAAGGCGUUUGGGAAUUACGGGGCCGUAGUAAUGAUGCCAAAAAAUUAAAAAAUUCACGAGAAUAUACUGAAACUGUUUUUUCAUCGGAAGUAUGUUCGGUGACUCAUCAGCAAAAUGAAAAACGGAGAGAUUCGACGGACAACGUUUCGAGUCCCAAUAUAAGUAUGACUUUUCCAGGAGAAGUUGUGGUUUUUGAUGAUAUCGGCGAGAAUUGGCAUGUCGAUGAAAAUAAAAGGGAGGAUCAUUCCAAUCGCACUGCCACUAAUUUAUUCAACUCAGGCGAUGAUGUCGAAAAAGUUACCAAAAUUAUAGGAAAUUUACCUAUUGCUGUUUAUGAAGGAUCACCACGCCGAUACGGACCUAGGCAAAUGGAAACUAACUUUUCACAUCCACAACUUCCUAGUGCACAAAGUUUAUUAGCUUCCCCAAGUGUAUAUCCGCCUAGGCCGGGAUUUCCCCAAAGGGUCGUCUAUACUCCGAGUCCUAACGAGAGCGAAACAAGUCCCACGACUGAAAACAGCACGUUCAAUAAAAAAGCAUCGCCUCCUCCUACCACUACGUCAAAUACCACUACAUCUACUUUUGACUAUCUUUAUGAAUUUUCGGAGACCAGGAAAGUAUUGGAGGAAUUUUUCAAAUGUCCACCUCCAGACGAAGAAAAUCGUCUAGAAGUUGAAUUUCAAGAUCUAGAAUAUGAGUUGCGACGUCAAGGUGGUGAUUCUGGCAAUUCUUACGUAGGACAGAGGCUUGCAAAAGGUAGAGGAGAACAGAGCGAUUUUUGUAUGAGAAUAGAUUCACCACGAAAAUGUUUCAACAAUCCCGUUACAAAUGUACAGGAUCAAGAUAUGACUGAAUACGAAAAUAACUUUUUGGAUCUUUCAAUCGGUACCGGUUCCAGCGGCGAUCUCGGCGAAACUGAAGUUGGAUUGCAAGUAGGACAUAGCAGAAAUUUCACUUUAUCUCCUGAAACCACCGAUUGCGAUUCGAAUUGUGGCGAUUUAGAUAGUGAAGUAUCUUUAAUGUUAAUGGAAAAUGAAUUGGGACCUUCAAGCGGUCUACUAGGAUCAAAUACAGAUUUAGCUAUUCCAAGUGAUUCAUUACGCUUAUACUCUAGUAUGCCAGUUCUUGAAGAUGGUUUGUCAUCUGGUCAUGCAAGUGACACUGACAACAAUAACCCUACAGUAAUGCUCAUGAAAAGACAAAUAACAGAAAUCGAACGCGAAAUUAACCAAGGAAUAUGCAAAUCGAAACAGGUGAAUAACAGAAACGAUGAAAAGGAAUUAUCUCCUAAGAAAGAUUGCAUCAGUACGUCACCAAAUGACGUUAAUGGGUGCGUCAGCAAUUUUGGAGAAACUCAUCUUUUGCCCCAGAUGGAUUCUUUAGUAGAAAAGACACCACCACCUCCAGCACCCGCUCCUCACCGCUUAUUACAAAAUGAAAAGACAAACGAAGUAGAAGCUGCCAUUAAAGAUAUAAGAUUAACGCUACAAAGAACAAAAACCCUACCUCUCAAAGGCCAUCCCAAAGAAGAACGUGAAGAAAACGCGGUCAGCCCUAUAUGGGUUCCAAGACAAAGGGGUAUGUCGGCGGCUAGCGGUGAUUCCGAUAGAAAAGUAAACAGCGGGGAAGAAGAAGAAAAUGAUACCGAUUUAGAGACGGAUAGGUUAUUGGGUCAACAAAGAACAGACGAUCAAAGUUUUUAUGAUGAAAAGGGUUGGAGAAAACCUAAAAGUCGGACAAUAAUGCCUUCACAUAGUCUUUCCAAUCCCAAACAAAUGUUAAAUGCAAUGGAUGAAGGAACAUUACCCCUAGUUCCUUCUGAACCUCAAAUUUCAAACCCCUCCUCACCCACAGCUGUAUCUGAAAAAAGCCAGUCGCCCCAAAGUCAGAAGGGAUCCGUUUCGUCAAGUAAAGUUAAAAAGGAAAAAGACAAUAAAAAGAAAGGGAGAAACAAAGAAGAUGUUAUUCAACGAUCAGUAUUAAUAGAAGGAGUUCUGUUUCGGGCGAGAUAUUUGGGAUCGACUCAGCUCGUUUGUGAGGGACAGCCAACGAAAACGACGAGGAUGAUGCAAGCUGAGGAAGCGGUAUCUCGAAUAAAGGUAAUGCAUGCAGAUGGUGAAACCCAACCUAGUACCGAAGUCGAUUUAUUUAUUUCCACUGAAAAGAUAAUGGUUUUAAAUACCGAUUUAAAAGAAAUCAUGAUGGAUCAUGCACUACGAACGAUUUCUUAUAUUGCUGACAUAGGCGAUUUAGUUGUGCUGAUGGCACGUAGGCGAUUCGUACCCCACGAAAUGGAAGAUGUUCCAAAAAUUAAUCGAACACCAAAAAUGAUAUGUCACGUAUUUGAGAGUGAAGAAGCCCAAUUUAUUGCUCAAUCUAUAGGUCAAGCUUUCCAAGUAGCCUACAUGGAGUUUUUGAAAGCGAAUGGAAUUGAAGAUCACAGUUUUGUAAAAGAAAUGGAUUACCAAGAAGUUCUCAACUCGCAAGAAAUUUUUGGAGAUGAAUUACAAAUGUUCGCUAAGAAGGAAAUGCAAAAAGAGGUCGUCGUGCCCAAAGCCAAAGGCGAAAUUUUGGGCGUCGUCAUUGUGGAAUCUGGUUGGGGUUCAAUGUUGCCUACCGUGGUAAUCGCGAAUUUAGCUCCUUCAGGAGCUGCUGCACGAUGUGGUCAACUAAAUAUCGGUGAUCAAAUAAUCGCUAUUAACGGAGUUAGUCUUGUUGGCCUUCCAUUAUCGACAUGUCAGAAUUAUAUUAAAAACUCUAAAAACCAGACUGUAGUUAAAUUAACCGUCGUACCUUGUGCCCCCGUAGUUGAAGUAAAAAUUAAGAGACCGGAUACUAAAUAUCAGUUAGGCUUCAGUGUUCAAAAUGGAGUCAUAUGCAGCUUGUUGCGUGGAGGAAUCGCUGAAAGAGGAGGAGUUCGAGUCGGACAUCGGAUAAUUGAAAUCAACAACCAAAGUGUAGUUGCGGUACCGCAUGAGAAGAUCGUCAAUUUGCUGGCGACGUCUGUGGGUGAAAUUCUAAUGAAGACUAUGCCGACGUCCAUGUUCCGACUGCUGACCGGCCAGGAGAAUCCUGUGUAUAUCUAGUUUGAACAAAUUGAAGGUCCGAAAGUGCCUACUUGUAGUUGAUAUUGAACUGUCCUUGGGAAUUGUUUUAAGUUUGAUCGUGCUUGGGUCGCAGAUCAAUAUAUUUUUUAUGGUUAGUAUAAGUUCUACAGACUGAAGACAAUACAAGCAAAGACAUGCGCUCUGCACAAUACGCUGAGCUUUCGUGAUAGUUCAUAUCUGCUUUGUCGCGUACCCUAUUUAUUUGUUGUGAAUGUGAAGAGCAUAAACCAAAGACUGGUUGGUUUAACAGAAUAUUUCAUAGUCAUAAAUUUUAUUACACAGUAUAUUGUGUAUUAUAAUUUGUGAAGGUGAUGUAUCCUAAAUGUGAUCUGUAUAUUAUUUAUUAAGAAAUAUUCAAUUUACCCAACCUUCUCGACAAUGCUGGCUCAAAAUCAAUGUAGCACUAUCUAGUCAGCAUCAAUAGAUAUUAUUUAUCUGUGUCUAUGUUUUAUUUUUAUAGCGUAGGACAUCCAGUACAAAUAGGUGCCUACGUCAGGCCAUAGUUAUUGCAAAAACAAAGGUACAAAAGGAGGCACCUGUUUGGACUAUUAACACUCUUAAUCUAAAAUUAUUUCCCGUUUUCAACUUACCAGAAUUGGGGAACGAUAUAAUCAUGAAGUUACGUAAAUCGCUCCCCCUGUGGGGGCUUUGCUUUUUUUACAGAAAUUAUGACUUUCCUUUGAUGAGGAAUCAUUUGUUUAAAGUUUCCUAAGGUCGACAAAAUAUAUAAUUAAAGCUCCUGAAAGGCA